AUGCCCUCGCGCGCACCCUUGAUCUCCGUAAUCGGGGCGACAGGUACCGGUAAAUCGCAGCUAGCCGUCGAGCUCGCGCUCGCGCUCAACGGCGAAGUGAUCAACGCGGACGCGAUGCAGCUGUACCGGGGGCUACCGAUCAUCACCAACAAGGUCACCUCCGCGGAGCGCAAGGGCGUGCCGCACUACCUCCUGGGCUUCCUCGAUACGCGCGAAGUCUGGCAGGUCGGGAGGUUCGUGCGCGAAGCCGCAAAAAUCAUCGACGACAUCCGCGCCCGUGGCCGGCUCCCUAUCCUCGUCGGCGGAUCACACUAUUACGUCCAGUCGCUGCUGUUUCCGCAUGAUGUCGAGGAACGGAAAGAGGGCGAUGAGUUUCAGCUGCCCGAUGUGGUGGAGGGGCUGGCGGAGAAGUUUCCCAUCCUUGACGCGCCCACGCCAGAACUCUACGCCGCCCUGCGCGCCGUGGACCCGCUGAUGGCCUCGCGGUGGCACCCGAACGACCGGCGCAAGAUCCGGCGAUCACUCGAGAUCUACUACUCGAGCGGGUGCCGCACGACCGCGAGCUCGGUGUACGCCGCGCAGCGCGCCAGCAAAAACCCCACCUCCACCUCCACCUCCACCGAGCCCGCCCGGUCGUCGGGCUACAACAACCUGAUCUUCUGGGUGCACGCGUCGACGGACGUGCUGCGGGCGCGGCUGGACGGGCGGGUGGACAACAUGCUGCGCGCGGGGAUGUGGGCGGAGAUCGAGGCGAUGGGCGCGCAGUACGACUCUCUCGGGGGGUCGCGCAGCGUCGACCUCAACACGGGGAUCUGGCAGAGCAUUGGGUUUAAAGAGUUUCUGCCGUACCUGGAGCUGCGGCAGAGCAAGAGCAAAAGCGGGAGCGAGAGCGGCGUGGCGCCGCAGCAGGAGGACGACGAUGAUGCGGAAAGGGCGCGCACCAAUGCGAUAGACGAGAUGAAAACUGCUACCAGGCAGUAUGCGCGCUCGCAGGUUAGAUGGAUCAGGAUUAAGUUUGUCAAUGCGCUCAAGGCGGCUGGCGGAAAGGGGGUUAUGUUCCUCCUCGACUCGUCGGAUGCCGAGAGGUACGGCGAGGUCGUGAUUAUGCCCGCCGUCGGGAUCACGAGGGAUUUCCUCGCCGAUAACCCACUCCCAGACCCACUGAGCCUCUCGCCCCUGGCAAGAGAGAAUCUGGCCCCCAAGAGGAACUUUGAUAUCUCCCAGCGACCAGAUCUGUGGAUGCAGCGCACGUGCGAGAUUUGUAACGUCAUCAGCACUAACGAGCCCGAGUGGGAAACGCACAUGAAGAGCUCGAAACAUAAGAAGAGGGUCGCGAGCGUGCAGAAGAAGAAGGAGGUUGAUGAGUUUUUGAGGAGGAGGAGGAGGGAGGCUAAGGAAGCGGAAGAGAGGGAGAAGGAGAUCAAGGAAGCUGAAGAGAAGGAGAGCAAGGAAGCCGAGGAGAAGGAGAGCAAGACAGAAGAAGUUAUGGGGAAGGAGAUUGUGGAAGUCGAUGAGAAGGGGCCUAGCAAGACAGAAGAAGCAACGGGGAAGGAGAGCGUGGAGGUGUUGGAACAGGACUCUCAAAUCCCCAUUCAAUACUAA